CAACCGAGGAGCAGCUUUCGGAGCAGGUUUUUGAGAAAGAGCUGCAGCUUUCGUCUGAUCCUCUGGUCAGACGUUAUCACGCCGAAGCGAGCCGGUCUUUAUUUCCUUCGACCCUCUUCCCCUCCUCCCCACCUGCAUAUCUGCAACUCCCUUGUCCAACCGCAACUCGAUCUUUGUCGAUUGAGGUCAUCGAUAGGACCCUAUCGCGCAACCAGUAGUCUACGCUCGUUUGCGCGUUUCCUACACGCCGCACCAUCGCUGAAACAGGCACCAACAUGGGACUGAUUGGAAAGACGUCGCAUGUCGACUCGGCCGCAGAGCAGACUCGUGACUCCGAAGAUGCUCAGCACAAGGGCGCCGCCGAGCACAUCAAGCAUCCUUUCUCUGAGCUAAGGCAGAAGAUGAAGGAGUCAUCCCUCUACGAUCUCAAGGUCAAGGCUGUCCACGUAAAACACAAGAUCGGAAAAUGGCAAAACCUCGUCAACCCAAACCAUCGUCACGACGAAGAGCACGAAAAGGCGACAGACGAAAAGAGAACCAGGAUUGCCGAAGGACAUCGCUUCGAAAGUUUCGCACCAGAGAGAGAUGGAAACAAGAUCAAAUGGUAUAUCGAUGGCCGCGAUUACUUCCACGCCGUCUCGGUCGCACUUGAAAGAGCAAAGGAAACCAUCUACAUCGAGGAUUGGUGGCUGUCGCCCGAACUCUUCCUGCGCAGACCUCCCUUCACCACGCAAGAUUGGCGUUUGGAUCACGUCCUGAAGCGUGCAGCUGAGCGAGGUGUUCAGAUCUACAUCAUUGUCUACAAGGAGGUUAACCAGGCCCUUACUUGUAACUCCGCCCAUACCAAGCGCGCUCUCCGUGCUCUAUGCCCAGAAGGCACCCCUGGUCACGGCAACAUUCAUCUCAUGCGUCAUCCGGAUCACAACAUCUUCGAGAACGCCGGAGACAUGACCUUCUACUGGGCCCAUCACGAGAAGUUUAUCGUCAUUGACUUUGAUCUCGCUUUUAUCGGAGGUCUGGACCUCUGCUUCGGUCGUUGGGAUACGAUGCAGCACCCUUUGGCUGAUGCUCAUCCUGCUGGUGUUGAGAACGAGGUGUUCCCCGGACAGGACUUCAACAACAACCGUAUCAUGGACUUCCAAGACGUCAAGGACUGGAAGAGCAAUGAACUGAGCAAAGCCGACUACGGACGCAUGCCGUGGCACGAUGUGGCCAUGGGUGUGAUCGGUCCUUGUGUCUACGAUAUCGCUGAGCAUUUCCAACUACGCUGGAACUUUGUCAAGCGUGACAAGUACAAGCGUGACGAGCGUUUCGACUGGCUCACUCUCGAGGGACGUGAGGGCGAAGAUGAGGAUCUGAUUGCAGUCCAAAGGCCUAAGCAUCCUGUUGGAGAGUACAUUCACCACCCCAUCUCACCCAUGGGCGCAAAAACUGGCAGACCCAGCCCUGAUAAUGUUCAGGGCAGCGUCCAUGCGCAGCUCGUGCGCAGUAGUGCUGAUUGGUCAAGCGGUAUCCUGACCGAGCACAGUAUCCAGAACGCAUACUGUGAAAUCAUCAGAAACGCCCAGCACCUCGUCUACAUCGAGAACCAGUUCUUCAUCACUUCUACUGGCGAAGAGCAAGCACCCAUCCACAAUCAGAUUGGUAAGGCUAUUGUCGAUGCUUGUGUCAGAGCAGGUAAGGAGGGCCGCAAAUUCAGAGUCAUCAUUGUUAUUCCGGCUAUUCCUGGAUUCGCUGGUGACCUGAGAGAUAGUGCUGCCGCUGGAACUAGAGCAAUCAUGGACUAUCAAUACAAGUCAAUCAACCGUGGAGAGCAUUCCAUCUUUGGUCAGAUCAGAAAGCAGGGUGUGGAGCCUGAGAACCAUGUAUUCGUGUUCAACCUUCGUUCAUACGAUCGACUCAACAAGACACCAGCAAUGAAGAAGAUGGAAGAAGAGUCGGGUGUCACUUACCAGGAAGUGCAGCGUGCUCAAGCCGAAGAAAUCAUGUCUUCUGGGGUGCACGGUGGUGCCGAGUCAUCAUCCUCAGACGAGGGCGAGUCCGAAGACGACGAGAAGGAGCACUACUCAAGCCGCAAGAAGAAGUUCGAGGCCCGUAGAGCGGCAGCCGGACUGAAUAAGGACCAGGUUGUCAGUGAAGACAGUGUGGCCAAGAACGCCAUGCUGAACGAGAAGAAAGUCAGCGAAGAGCCUUGGGCCGAUAACGAUUUUGAACAGGAGAAGGAGAAUUGGGUGCAAGAGGAGCUUUACAUCCACGGAAAGGUAUGCAUUGUCGACGACAGAAUCGCCAUCUGCGGAAGCAGUAACAUCAACGAUCGUUCUCAACUAGGAUACCACGACUCAGAACUCACUAUCAUCAUGGAGGACACCAACGCGCUGCCCUCGAUGAUGGAUGGUCGUGAGUAUCAAGCCGGCCACCACGCCGCGACGCUCCGUCGUAUGCUCUGGCGCGAACACUUGGGUUUGUUGCCAGCUCAACCUCUUGACGCUAGCGAGGACCCCAACGCCCAACCCCCAGACGUUUGUCCCAACUCCUGGUACGAGGGAGACGAGUACGACAAGUUCGUCACUGACCCCUUGUCUGAUGAUGUUUGGAAGACGUGGACUGAGCAGGCCACUACCAACACGGAGGUCUUCCGUCAUCUGUUCCACGCGGAUCCCGAUGACAACAUUCGCACCUUUGAUGAUUACGAGAACUUCUUGCCUAGAAACGAUCAGAAGCAAGGCCACUUGUACAACAAGUAUCAACCGGCGGAUGACGUUAGAAGCAACCUGGACAAGAUCAAGGGACAUCUUGUAUGGAUGCCUUUGCACUUCCUUGAGGACGCAGAAAUGGCAGAAAAGGGACUGGCAGUCAACUACUACACCGAGAGUAUUUACACCUAAGCGGCGGUUCAGUGGUGUACGGGCGCGGAAUGGUAAUGGUGUUUCGGAAGUGGUGGGUGGUCAUCAUGGG